CGUCUGUCCAGCGAGACGCCUCCGCUCGCUCGCAUGAGCAGCCUUGGCCGCGGUCCCGGAACGCCGGGUGAACACCCAAGCAGAUCAGAGUCGGGAGCUGCGCCGCUGCCUGAGGCUCCGAACGGGCGAGCCAGCCUAACCUCUUGGCCUGGCUGGCCUUCCUAGCGCCAUCUGACGGAGAGUUCUCUCCUGAAAAAAAAGCAGUGAGGAGCCCCCUGAUCAUCAUCCCCCAGGCCCUUGUCACGCACGCCCCCGCGGAACCCGUGGAACCCGUGUAUCCACCCGACACCAGUUCGAGCCCUAGCGCCCCCGGCCCCACGCCCGUGCGUGUCCCGUCGGCGUGCGUCGUCGCCCUUCAUCAUUCAGUCCCACGGUCUGGAAGGCGGGGCCAUGACCUCGCAGUCGCCGGGCGCGCUCUUCCCGCCCCCGCCCGAGGCUAGCCCGGGACCCGGUGGGCCGGCCAGUCUGCCGCCCGGUCAGCAGGCUUGGGCCACGGGCGGACCGCCCCAUCAGUUCGACAACAAUCUGUUCAGUCAGCCCACCCACAUGUUCCAUCAAGGUCACCAAGGCCAUCAGGGCCAUCAAGGACACCAUCAUCCGGGUCAGUCGCCCAAUGGUCAACCGGGCUUGAAUAUGAUGCCCCCGGGGGGCGGAGGCCAUUUGGCGCCCUUGGUGGGCCAGCAAAUCAAUUCGCUCAUACCCGGCAAUCAACAACAGGGCCCAACUUUGAACAUGAUGCUCCAGAGCAUACAAGCCCAGGGCAUGUUACCCCACUCCCAUCUACAGUCCCCGCCCAACUCGAUGGGUCAAGGGUUGUUCUUUUUGCCGCCGGGUGGGCGCGUCGAUCGACCAGACAUCGCCCCCUCGCCCAACGGGCUCCAGGCCCACCCACAACCGGCCCAGACACCGCCCACACAACUCAUGGAUGACCGGAACUGGAACCACAACGUGUUCCUGAGUCGCAUCCCUUCCGUCGAAAAUAAGUCCUUGGAAGAACAGCUCAAACAUCAACAACAACAACAGCAGCAGCAACAACAACAACAACAGCAGCAGCAACAACAGCAGCAACAAGGUCACAUGGACAUGUUCCACAUGGACGCGGGAUUCCCGUCCAAUUUCAACGGCAUGACCCCGGAUCGUGUAGUGCAAGUGGCCGCCGCCAUGAAUCAGUUUGGCCAGUUCAUGGUGGGGCCUAACACCUCAGGAGGCUCGCCACCCCCCGGGUCCUACAUGGCCCAGAUGCCACCGCGACCCCGACCCGAAGGCGGACAGGACCCCUCGCCCAAUUUUCUUCAGCAAGAGCAACAGCACGACUCAAAAUCCAGCGACUUGGUCAUUGAUGCCUGGACCGACGAGGACAACGAGAAGGCCAGCCUUCAGAGCCAAUUUGGCGGGCCGGCCGACGAUGGCAGCACCCUCAAAGAUGAAAACAAGAUGAUGGGUCUGGGCCCCGGGAGUAUGGGUGGACACGGGGCCGGUAAUCCCAUGCCAAGCGGUAUGGGGCCGGGCGGUGGAUUGUUCAAUUCGAACACGGGCUGGGGUGCCCCGCCCCCAGGCAAUCCAGGCGGGUGGGGCGCGGCCAAGCCGCAAACCAUGAGCGCCAACAACUGGCCCCAACCACCCCCACCCGGUCAGGGCAUGGGCAACAUGCCGUUUCAACCCAUGCAUCACACCCACCAGCCCCCACCGUCGAUGGAAAUGGGCGUGCCGCCUCAAGGCCGUGGCGGUGUCCAUCAGGGAGGCAUGAUGUUUGACAAUGGCCGAGGUCGGGGCGGAGGGCGCGGUCACUAUGACUACAACCCCGAACGGGGACGAGGGCGAGGCAUGCGCGGCUCGCGUGGUUCCUCUGCUCUGUCAACGUUCCGCGGUGGUCGCGGGGGCGGGAACUUCCAGGAGCGGGAAAUCGAAAAGGUCGAGGGCAAACAGAGCGCCAUUGCCGAGACCAUCGCCAUGAUGAAGAAGAUGAAGAUGGAAGACGAGGAGAAGAAGAAGGAGGCGGAUUUGCGUCGAGAGCAACGGAAAGAAAUGGGCCUGGACGUGUCCACGCCCAAUGAGUAUGACGAUUCUCCCGUGGACGACCGUUAUCCCGACCGGCGGCCCUACCACGAUCGGGGUCGAGGUCGCGGAGGCCGGGGUCAGCAUCGAGGCCGCGGCCGAGGCGGUGGUGGCGGUAUGGCCAUGGGCGGCAUGAUGGGCGGCAUGGGUGGCGUGUUUCCCGGGCCACCCCCGGGCUCCGGUAUGAUGAUUCCGCCCCAAGCCAUCCCACCUUUCCCGGGACUGGAGGGAUUCCUACCCCCGCCCAUGGGCGGCUUUCCGCCUGGCACCCCCGGUGGCUUCCCGCCCCCUUUCCACCCGGGCAUGUUCAUGCAACCCCCAGGUCAAUUCCCCCCUGGUCGUGGCUUCCCACGAGGACGCGGGGGCCUAGCGCCCGGCUUCCCACCCCAUUUUCCACCCAUGAUGGGCCUGCCACGCGGCGGCGGUGCUCACCUGCGCGGUGGUAGGGGUCGCGGCAGUGGAGGCCGUGGAGCGCCUGGUGGAUUCCGCCCUCGCGAUGAACACAGCCAUGUCCCACGUGAAGAGGGCGAAGGAGGCGAGGCCCACCCGCUCGAAAUCUCAGCGCCCCCUGAGACCCAUUCAAAUGAAGACGAUGAACCCGCUCCUAGCCACCCCGAAACGCACCCGCUACCCGAAUCGACCACGCCCGAUGGCCCAUCCGCCUCGGACCCGCGGCCCGUCGAAGAGUCGACUCCCGCUACCACUGGCCCCAUCCCGGCCGCCAAUGCCCCAAUCGCCCCACUGGCCUCGAUGGGCGCUCCUGAAAAUGAACUCUUGAGCGCUCCCGCUGCCGCCCCAGCUGCCGACGCCGCUGCUGAGCCGAAGGAUAGCUCGACCGAUAAUCCGACGUCCAGUAAAUGACGGAAAGGCCCGGCCUCGUCAUCCAUCGGUCUAUUUCUACUACCCUUCUUUGAUCGUGGAUGUUAACAAAAAGUCCAAUCUUUCCCAUUCCCGAACACCCUCGACCCCUGGCUGCAUCGUAUUCUCGGGCUAAGCUGACCAGAAUGGAACCUUCGCUCAGCCCGGCCCAACUGAUUCAUGCCUUCGAGAACGAAUCUGAGACGCUGCCUCAACCACGUCAAGAAAACGAAAAAAAUUAACAAUUGAAAUAUUGGUCGCUCUCCCAUCUUAAUUUGUUCCCUUAGUGGGCGGAGUGACCUAGGCCACACCACGCCCACCACUCACGUGUAUGGCACUACUUGCUCUUUCUUUUCCCCCUCUUCCUCUUGAUUGUCCCUAUCUUAUCGAUCCAUCUCCUUUCUCUAUCUCUUAUCCCUUUCCCUUCCCCUGAAUGGCUUGAAAUGAAACGAGUGUCUCGUCUCGAGAUGUAAAAAGCGAACGAAGACCUGAACUGACCUCCAGAGUAAUUUUGUUGAUGUUGAUAUGAACGCGCACACGCCCCACCCCGCCCCUCAAACGCGCCCACAUCCGGCGGAAUCAGCCGCCCUCCGUGUUUGUCUCUGUGAGGACAAUUAUGUUGCCGUGUGUCAGGAACCAGUCCACCAAAGAUGAGGGUCCACCACAUUUUUUUUUCAAGAUAUCCUGCUAAAUGAUGAACAGUCAGAUGAGAGGCUUGAGAGGCUUACGACCGACCUAUGCUUAUGCUAUGUAGAGAAACAGAUCGUGAAAAGUAAAGAAAGAAAAAAAGAGCGCAUUUGGGCCGAUAGACAAAUAGCUAUGAAAUGCGCCCGCAAACACACCCACACACCCACACCCAUAUAUACACACACGCCCACUUCUUCAACCUUCGUUCAAUCUGGGAACGAAAGUUGGAAUGACAUGAUCUGUUUGUAUACUCUUUUUACCGAGAUGGAAACAAAAAAAAAAUAACAUUCAUUCAAAUAAACUCGUUUCUUUGUUUCUGAA